GGCGUGUCUAUAUGACAAGCCACACCUAGUGGAAAGCAUCAAAGCAAAGCAGCUCGAGCUUCACUCUAAUAAGUGUGGAUACUGGCAUACAGCAGCAAUCCUUGUAACACUAGUCGUCUCUCUCGUUGCCAUUUUCCUAGGACUAUUCACUCAACCUGAAGACAUAAUGUCAUUAAAGGCACUGUUUGCUGGUGGGACUGUGUACAGGAACAUAGUGUGGUAUACUAAAGGAAUGAAAGAGUUCACCAGGGGUGGAUAUGAAACUGCUGCUAGAAAUUUCAAUGAUGAAGACCUUGACGUUGACAUUAGCAAUCUAAGUUAUAUGAUCACUGGGUCUAACAGUGGACUAGGAAAGUGCACAGCAUUAGAGCUAGCAAAGAGAGGUGCAACUGUUCAUAUGGUCUGUCGUAAUGAGACGAGAGGAUUAAAAGCUAAAGACGAGGUCAUAAAUGAAUCAGGAAAUGAAAAAGUUCACCUUCAUCUUCUUGAUUUGUCAAAACCUCGUGACAUCGUCAAAUUUGCACGGGAUUUUGUAUCUUCUGAAAAGCAACUAGAUGUGUUGGUGAAUAAUGCUGGAUGCAUGAUUCAUGAGUAUAAAUUGGACGAAAAUGAGUUAGAGACUAACUUUGCUACAAACACAUUAGGUACUUAUAUAUUAACUACCGAGCUAUUACCAUCUCUUAGCAGGAGCUCUUCUGCACAAGUGGUGACUGUAUCUUCAGGUGGUAUGUACACUGAGAAAUUAGAUCCUUAUGAUUUAAACCUUGCUGCAAGACAGGAUAAGUUUGACGGGACAUUUGCUUACGGUCAAAACAAAAGACAGCAGGUUGUCAUGUCUCGCCUGUGGGCAGUCAAAUAUCCCAACAUUCACUUCUCAUCAAUGCAUCCAGGUUGGGCAGCUACUGUGGCCGUUCAGACUUCAAUGCCAGACUUCAGUGCCAAGAUGGGUGACAAGCUACGCACUCCAGAACAGGGUGCUGAUACUAUUACUUGGUUGUGUAUUGCUGCCAGAAAUCUCAAACUACCUUCAGGCCUUUUCUUUCAAGACAGAACGGCUGUGUCAGAGCAUCUUCCUCUAGCAAGGUCUCACUCCAGUGAUGUGGAGGAGGCUACACUCAUGGAAAGGCUAGAGCAACUAAAAUCAAAGUUUUUGCCAUCAGAAGAUCAGCCAACUGAGCAAUUGAAAUUGAAAUCUGCUUUUUAAAAUACAUGCAUGAUAUGGACAUACUCAUACAAUAUACAGUAGUAAUGAUACAAUGCAACAAUAAUAAUAACAGAUUAUUACAUUUAAAUGAGGUUGUUUGUGCUUUCAAUAUUGCACUUGUUUAUGCAGAUACAGUAUUAUAUAUAUGUUAUUGGUAUUAUUGUUUUAUUAAUAAAGGAAAUCUUGAGAAUAUUUGCAGCCAAA